UGAAACAUUGUUUGACCGUGCUGUUAUCCAGAGAAGAGUUGUUUGUCAAACUCGCCCUUGUUCUUGUGCCAGCACCGGAGACGCCCAGUUUGGCGGACAAUGCAUUGCUCGACCUCGCGCUGCACGUGGCAUUCUCUGACACACCCCUGCCUGCUUUUGCGAUGCUCCAUUCACGCCAUUCUCGUCAAACUAUAUGCUUCCUACUUGCGGUCGGCCCCUCCUGCAAAAGCUCGAUGGUCGUCUAAAGAUUCCUGUCACGGCGCCUUUUCUCUUCAUUCGCAUGGAAAGCCGCCCUCGCCGCUCUUCCUGAAGAUGGGAUCAUCAAAUGCAUCACCUACCAUGUUCCAUCAACGCACUCAAAUUUUCUUUCGUCAUCUCCUCUAUCGCCGCUGUCCCAACCUCCUCAGCGCUAGCCUUUGUCCUGGAUGUCAGCGUCACUCUGAGUUACGCACCUGCUCGAGCACAUCCAUUAUGCUUGACUUUUUUCUCUACUGCUCCACUCGGCCAUCGUCAGGUCUCCAACUGUUGAAACCUUCAAGUGCCUAUCACUGGCACACCAGAGUAACGGAAACAGAAACAAGGAUCGACCAACGUAGCGCGAUCGGUUGCGACCGAACCAUUCGGGCGUCUCAAUUUUCCAGGCGUCAGAGCGUGGGUUGAACAAGGCUAGUUACAUGGAUCACGAUACGGGAUGCGAGCGAGGUCGAGCGUCAUGCUACAGUUGACGUUCGUAGAUCUAGCCAGUGGAGCGGCGUGUGUGUCUU